UCCUUUCCUAGGGUGCCCCGCCCUCCGUCCCUCUCCGAGGACUGUCAGAGGAGGCCUGCCGAGAACUUUCGUGCGAACCGUGGAGCGGCUGCGAAAGUUCUUGGUGGGGCAAAAUCGCAGGCCGGUUGCCGAGUGCUGAGACAUCAUGUCACGCCCCACUGCUCCUCCAAGCUAUGAAGAUCGGAACCCUCUCUAUCCUCCGCCAGGGGGAGGAUAUCCUGGAGCUUACCCACAACCCCCACCCUAUGGUGGUGGGUAUCCACAGCCUGGAGGCUACUCCCAACCAGGAGGGUAUCCACAGCCAGUUGCUCCUAUGCCUGCAGUACCAAUGAACAUGGGGGACAGCUAUAUCAUUGAUUCAGGAGGGGACAGUGGUUUCCAUGUUGAUGAUUGGGAUGAUAAGAAAGUCAGGCACAGCUUCAUCCGCAAGGUAUAUAGCAUUAUCUCAGUGCAGUUGCUUGUGACAGUGGGCAUCAUUUCAGUCUUCACCUUUGUUGAACCUGUGUCAACUUUUGUGAGGCGUAAUAUUGCUGUGUACUACUCAUCUUAUGCUGUAUUCCUGGUCACUUACCUGGUGCUGGUGUGUUGUGAGGGCCCACGGAGACGUUUUCCAUGGAACCUCAUCCUUCUGUCUGUCUUCACACUGGCUAUGGGAUUCAUGACAGGCACCAUUGCUAGCAUUUACAGUACAAAGGCUGUUCUAAUCGCCAUGAUCAUUACAGCAAUUGUGUCCAUAACUGUUACCAUCUUCUGUUUCCAGACAAAGGUGGAUUUCACAUCCUGCACUGGUUUGUUCUGUGUGCUGGGGAUCGUUGUCAUGGUGACUGGAAUUAUCACAGCCAUAGUCCUGGCCUUCAAAUAUAUUUAUUGGCUCCAUAUGCUAUAUGCAGCAAUCGGUGCAAUCGCCUUCACCCUGUUUCUUGCCUACGAUACCCAAUUGGUGUUGGGCAACAGGAAGCACACCAUCAGUCCUGAGGAGUACGUCUAUGGAGCCCUCAAGAUCUACACGGAUAUUGUUUAUAUCUUCACUUUCCUCUUGCAGAUUGUGGGCAGCAGAAAUUAAAUGGCUGAAACUAUUUAAGACUUUGACAAUCUUCCCCAGAGAUCAGGAAGUACAACUUUCUGGCUCUAAUGUACUGUCACAUGCUUGCCUUUAGCCCAUGCAUAAAAGCUAUGAAAGGAUUCACAGAGUGGACAGGGAAGCAAAUGGGGAACCAUAUAUUGUAUUCAGUGAGAUAUGGAUCCUAAUCUUUUUGUCUUGCUUCUCCAUUUCCUUGCGGCAUUCUCUUCUUUAAUUUGUGGCCUGGAUUCGUGAAUGUAGUGCGUAUUACCACUCUGAUAUGAUAUAUUGUAGUCUUUUCAACUUAUCCUUUUAUUUGUAUUUUUGUCAGCCUUUAAGAUGCAGAUGACUCUUCUAAUUAGAAAAUCCACUGCUCCAAGGCUUUAUUACUUAAGUGCAAAUAAAAAUAUAUAUUUUUGAAUUAAACGUUCAUGUAUUUAUGUAAGGGGAGGUUGUGCUGCUUACCUGUUCAACCAAAAAUAUGGUCCUCUAAUAAUCAGCAGCAGUCUUUAUUGUGGUCAUUAACCAGCACAAGGAAUUUCCUCUAGUAAUCAUCUGAAUGAGAUCUGAAAGAGGGGUUUGUUUGCCUUGCCUUGAAUAUGAGUUGAAUUUACUGUGCAAUUGGAAACCAGAGUUGAUUGAAGUCCUGAUUCACACAGA